UUGUUUUGACCUUUUCACUCAUCCAUUAUCCCACACUCACAGUGAAGCUUAAUUUUUGAAGUGCCUUCUGUAUUUGGUUCUUCUUUUAUGCAUUCUUGAUAUAAACGAAACUCUGUUUCUGAUUUUGACAGCAAAAGGAGAAAAAAAAAACACUUGGUUUCUGAUUCCGUUGAUUUCUGCAGCUGGGUUGGCUUACAUGCAACCAUUCCACCAACUGGGCUGUGAGUAAGCUUGUCCCACAUCGAUCCACUGGGCUGUGAGUGAACUCCUUAUAAGUCAGCCUCUAACACUCUAGUUCGCCUCGUGAGGACCUUUGUCCCAUCGGAAGUGUAAAUCCUGAAAAAGGAAAAGAGUCCCAUCGGAAAGUCCCUCCCUGAGGAAAAAAAGUCCCAUCGGAAAAAGUCCCUCUGUCCCGUCGGAAUAAGUCACUCCCCUUCGGAAGCAUAGAAAACAAUCGGACUGUCCUCCUCCCCAUCGGAGGCAACGAAAACAACAAAUGUCCCUCCAGAGGCAAACUCCACCGGAAGAGGUGAUGGUGGAAGGAGUCCCAUCGGAAGCAAAGAAAAUAAAUUGUGUCCCUUCGGAAGCCAAGAAGAGCCAGUCCUAUAGAAAAUAUGGUGGCCCCUCGAAGAAGAAGCUUAGAACUCAUACCUAAUGAGGGCACUCGGAAGAUGACCUUUCGGAAGCGAAAGAAGAGUAUAUAUAAAAAGGCCGACGAGCUUUCGAAGCUUUGUGAUAUUGAUGUUUGCUUGAUCGUCUACGAAGCUGAUCAAAAGAAGGGGAGGGCAGUUCAACCGGAGACGUGGCCGCGAGAUCCAACUCAAUUCAAACGCAUUCUCAACAAGUACAAGGAUUCUAAGGAUACGUCCGCGCCCGGAUUGAAGAGAACCUUUAAUAUGUCCGAUUUUUAUGAGGACAAGAAAGAUCACGUGGAUGACGAGGACGAAAAGUUUCAAAAUUUAGGGAAGAAGAUUUCUGAAGACGAGUACCCGACAUGGGACGAUCGAAUAGAUGAUUUUUCGCAGGACGAAUUGACUAAGCUCAUUGCUUCACUCGAAUCCAAGAUACAAGUUGCAACCAAGAAGAUUGAUUCUAUGGAAAGAUAUAUGGGGUUUGCUAAGAAACAAAAUCAAAGUUUGGUCCGGGAAGAGACUAAUCACGAUGAGCAGCCCUAUCAAGUCCCUGUUUUGAUGUCUCCUCCACCACUUGUGCAUUAUCCAAUGUUGCCAAGUGCAUGGGUUUCAAGCUCAGAAUCGGAGAAGAGCUAAUGACAACUUGACAACCUCAGUGUAUAUCUAAUCCUUUGUAAUCGAAUUUCUAGUAAUGUUUACUUCGAUUUUGA